AUGCAAGAUGCCAUAAAGCCUCUUCAAACCAACAUCUCUAGUACCCUUUUUAAGAGAUGUGGCACCAACAAGAGACCACUCAAAGACAGGGCUGCUGGUGGUGGUGGUGGUGUCACCAUGAGGUACCGUGGUGUUCGCCGCCGUCCUUGGGGCCGGUACGCGGCGGAAAUCCGCGACCCUCAGUCCAAAGAGAGGAAGUGGUUGGGCACUUUCGACACAGCUGAGGAAGCAGCUUGUGCGUAUGAUUGUGCUGCUAGAGCCAUGCGCGGUGCUAAAGCAAGAACUAACUUUGUUUACCCUCCACCUGCUCAUCCUACUACUAUAACUACUGAUAGUUUCCUAAAUAUACCUUUGUUGAACUACACUUCUACCAAAGCAGCUAAUCGUUAUCAUCAGCUUUGUCUUAAGGACUUACCAAUCAGACAGUUCUUUCAGUCAAGUCCUCAAAAAUCAGGUGGGGACGUCGGUAGGAAAACAGCAUUAGAGGAAAGCAAUGAUUCUUUGAACUUGCUUCUCUUUCAUGAAAUUCUCAACUCCUCCUCCUCGGACUCGUCCCUUUCAUCGAACACUGAUUUGAACAUGAAUAUUAAUAUUACCCCUUUCGAUGAACAACUUCCUCUCAUAUUCAAUAGAAAUAGCACAAAUUUUUCAACUUCCAGUGCCACCUUCGCAGGAUCUUCUUCAUCUUCUUUGGUGAAUCAGUCUUGUUUAAUUUCUCCCCCAAAAGCUACCAGCUACUCUACUUCUAGCAUUGCUCCUAUGACUCCUCAAAAAGUCAAAGAUGAUCAAAUAAACAACUCGUGUUCAGUUGAUUCGGGCAUGGAUUUCUUUCCCACGGUGCCUUCCGAUUCUGGCUUUUUAGAACAGGCCUUAAAUGGUUUCUUUCCAAAGCCGACGCCUAUGUCAAGUGAUGAUUUUUGUGCUAAGCAAUCAAACGAGGAUGUGAAGAACCAUUUAGGUUUCUGUAUUGACGAAAGAGGAGCAGCUGGAAUCUCUCUUCCCUAUUUUAACAAUGGUUUUGGAUUUUCUCAGCUAUCAUCGCUGCCAAUAGAUCAAGAUUUUCCAGUAAAUAUUGAUCAGCUGUCCGCAGAAAAUUUGUUGGGAGACAUGAGUUUUCACUACUCCGACCUUCUAAAUAUAUUAGCAGCUAAGAUGAAAAACACUUGA